AAACUAUCGAGUUUGCUUCCUACCAACGUCCUUGCUGACACCGUGAUAAAAACAGGCGAGAAACACGUCUGCAUUUCUCAUCAACAACGGACCGCCGCGGAAUACGUCACGGCUCUGGCGGAGGGUUGCACACGGUGCCCAACAAUAGCGUUCUUCUUUUCAUUCUCUUCGCUGCUCCCUCAUUCAAGUCCCGACCUAAACUACAAAGGAGUCCGGAUUCAAAAACAGCAACCAAGUGAAGGUCAUUGUUGCUCGUAGUUGACGGCUGAUCGAUCAUCAUAAUCAACGCUUAAGCGGCGAAACCUAUCAGAGCUCGAAAAAGAGAGGUUUGUCCGCAUCAAAAUGUCGAGCCACCCUUCUGCUGAUCCCAAGAUCAACAAGGUCCUCGCCAACCUCAACUCGGAACGAAAGAACUUGUUGGGAGCACAGGCAUACAUCCGAGCACUCCAGGCCUCAUCCCGUAACGAAGCCGUCAUCCAACAGGCUCACAACGAAGUCAGGAAUGCUCAAGCGAAUAUCAAAUUCUUGGAAGAUGAAUUGGCCAAGAUGCAGGUGUCUAGUCCAGGUGGUGGUUCGGGAAGCAGUCCUGGUCCGGGCUCUCCCGGUGGACCCGGUAGUCCAGGACGAAGCAUUUCAACACAACAAGUGAUGCAGCACCCGGGUAGCCCGCAAGGGAGGAUGGGUGCUUAUCUUGGACCUGGAGGACAGCCUGGAGCCGGGCCCAAUAUGGGACCACGAGGCUAUUCCACACCUGCCAUGCAGUAUCAGGGCAAUGAGAGGCCGCUCCCCCCACCUCCACCCGGUGCACCAGGUAACGAGAUGGUACGAGCCGGAGGGGGUUCUGCAAAAACUUCUACUCAACUAGAUCUCCUGCGAUAUGACGCACCCUUGUCCGGACCCAAGAUCUCGCGGAUGCUCAACCAGCUCCAGUUCAAGCUUCAGGUGGAAGAACAAUACCGUAAAGGUAUCGAAAAGAUGGCUCAGCUUUAUCGAGAUGAAGGCGACCGUAGAUUGAAGAACGAGACCGAGAGCAAGAAACGGGAGUCAGAGAACAAGAUUCAGCUGUUGAAGAGGGCGUUGAAGCGGUAUGAGACGCUUAGGCAGUUUGAGACCGGCGAGGAGGACGAAGAGUUCCUGCCAGACGGCCAGCGGAAAGAAAAUCUACGCAAGCCUCUUGCCGGAAAACUUAUCAUCUCGCUCAAAAUGGCUAGAGAUCUCAAUCACGUUCCACUUUCUCGGAGGUCAUCAAAGGUCUUCAACGAGACUACGGUCGUUAUCAAAAUCGAGGGCAACGAGCGAGGCGUCUCCCAUCCGUCGAGAAAUGACAAGUGGUACGAGGAGUUCGACCUGGUCAUCGAUAAGGCCAACGAGAUCGAGUUGACGAUCUACGACACGCAAAAUGGAGGCGACCCUACGCCUAUCGGUAUGCUCUGGCUUCGUGUGAGCGAAGUCAUCGAAGCUCUGCGAAGGCAGAAGGUCGAGGCGGACACUCAGGGUGCUGGAUGGGUUCCUGCUGCUACGGCCGUCAGGGCUGCCACCAUCAGAGGGCCGUCAGGGGGACCCUCGAGUAACGCCGACUCAUCCUUGCACCGGGAGGCUACCAAGGUCGGCGGGAAUGGACCUCUGAGCAAGACGGUCCAGGGUAUCGAUGGCUGGUUUGCAGUCGAGCCUGCCGGUGCGGUAGCGCUUCACCUUGAUUUCGUCAAGGAAAACGUCAAGAAAAGGCCUUUCGAUCAGGUCGGAGGUCUCGGACGUCAGGGCGCCGUACGAAAGAGACGAGGCGACGUCUUCGAGAUGAACGGGCACAAAUUCGUUCAACGACAAUUUUACCAGCCUAUCCUGUGCGCUCUCUGUCAGGAAUUCUUGCUUACCGGAGAAGGAUACCAGUGCGAAGACUGCAGGUAUGCUUGUCACAAGAAAUGUUAUCCCAAGGUAGUCACGAAGUGUAUCUCAAAAUCCAACGCCGAUACCCAAGGGGACGAGGAGAAGAUCAACCAUAGGAUCCCUCAUCGUUUCCAGACGAUCACCAAUGUCAGCGCCAAUUGGUGUUGUCACUGUGGUUAUAUGCUUCCCCUCGGGAGGAAGAACGCCAAGAAGUGUUCAGAUUGUGCCCUGACAUGUCACGCGACCUGUGCCCACCUGGUUCCCGACUUCUGCGGGAUGACUAUGGAAAUGGCCAACAUUCUUCUGAAACAGCUCAGGGAUAUCAAGACCACUCAAGUCCAGCGAAAGCCCGCUUCGAUCACUUCCAAGCCGGAGCCUUCUCCCCCUAUUCAGCAGCAAGGUCCACCACAGCUCCCGCCUAUCGGUCUUCAAUACCCUUCGUCUCCCGCACCUGCUGCUCAGCCGCCUCCUGGAACGUAUAAUGUGCCUGUCCCUGCUGAUUCAGGUUAUGCGGCACCAACUCGCCAGGAUCAAGCUUCGCAAUCACCUUAUCCGCCUCAACACCCCGCCGCCAUGCCCAAGCCGUCAAUGCAACCCGGCCGGCCGAGUUAUGAACAGCAACCUCCUCCUCGUCACGAGCCCAGCCCGGUCCGACCCAGCCCUCCUCAACAGCCGUCUCAGCCUGACUACCGAAGUCAGCAGGUGAUCCCCGUCGCAAAGCCGACGCCGGCUCCAGUUCCUGCCAAGCAGGUCGUCAAGGCUCGCAAGGUUGGACUGGAAGACUUCGAUUUCUUGGCUGUGCUCGGCAAAGGAAACUUCGGUAAAGUCAUGUUGGCCGAGGAGAAGCGCUCGCGCUCGCUUUACGCCAUCAAGGUAUUAAAGAAAGAGUUCAUUAUCGAGAAUGACGAAGUCGAGAGCACGCAAUCAGAGAAGCGGGUCUUCAUGGCUGCGGCUCAAGAACGUCACCCUUUCUUGCUGGGACUUCAUUCUUGCUUCCAGACCGAGACGCGGGUCUACUUCGUCAUGGAGUACAUCAGUGGAGGAGAUCUCAUGUUGCACAUCCAGAAGAAGCAGUUCACCCUGCGACAGGCGAAAUUCUACGCUUGUGAGGUGUUGUUGGCUUUGCAGUAUUUCCAUAGCAAGGGAAUUAUCUACCGUGAUUUGAAGUUGGACAACAUUCUUCUCACUCUCGACGGUCACAUCAAAGUCGCCGAUUACGGUCUUUGUAAGGAAGACAUGUGGUUCGGUAAGACCACCAGCACAUUCUGUGGAACGCCCGAGUUCAUGGCUCCCGAGAUCCUGCUCGAGCAACGGUAUACUCGUGCUGUAGACUGGUGGGCGUUUGGUGUCUUGACGUACGAGAUGCUGCUCGGUCAAUCGCCUUUCCGGGGAGAUGACGAGGACGAAAUCUUUGAUGCAAUCCUGGAAGACGAGCCGCUCUACCCGAUGUCUAUGCCGGGUGAGGCUGUCGACUUGCUGCAGAGGCUCUUGAACCGAGAUCCGAUUCGACGACUGGGUGCGGGCGAAGCCGAUGCAGAGGACAUCAAGAAGCACCCAUUCUUUAGGGACGUCAACUUUGAUGAUGUGUACAACAAGAAGAUCCCGCCCAUCUACUUCCCCCAGAUCGGUAACCCGACUGAUGUUUCCAACUUCGACUCGGAGUUCACGAAAGAAAAGCCUACGCUCACGCCUGUCCACACGCAAUUGAGCUCGGUCGACCAAGCUCAAUUCUCUGGAUUCUCUUGGACCGCACCUUGGGCCGCUUGAGCUGCCGAUGGACAGAAUUGACGAACAUGAAAGUAGCUACGAUGCUAGCAGUGAGGAGAAACACGACCGGGGCGAGACAAGAUGACACGACACGACGAUCGCGGCCAGUGGGGUGACAGGGGGAUGGGUUGGCCAGGGUGGAUGAGAUGGUGAACAUAGACGAAAGAAGACGAGGGAUUCGAAGAAAAGAACAAAGUUUUGCCUUGUGAGCCUGUGAUGAUAUAGCCCUGGAUACCUUGUGUAUUGUUAUUUUCAAUAUCUUGUACGCAAUCUCGAGGAUGCGUACUCUCCCUUUCCGUAUCGGUGAGAGUACCUAAAUAUUCAAGUGGC